AGCUUGUGAAGAAAAGAACAUUUUUUUAAGUUUCUAUCAUUUUUCUCUUUGGUAUUUUAGCCCGUAGCAAAAGUAAAUUUUAUAUAUGUGUGAUUUUAAAUUCAUCAAGGACGAGUUUUUCAUCUGAGUCGAUAUGAGCGACAACAAGAUAUUACUAGCUCAAAAAAGCUUGCUCAGAGGACCCGUGACCAACAAUGGGUUUGUGAACUUUAUGCGAAGUUAUGCUGCACGUUCUCGCGCCCUAGAUAUACCUGAUGUGGUAAGAGGUGGCAAGGCAUGGAACAGGCUUACACCUGCACAGCGAAACAAAUAUCGAAAUGUCGAUGCUAACGACGACACCGAUUUAGACGACUCGUGUUGCCCGAAGAAAAAAAGUCCACCCAUGUGCUGUCCUAAACGUAGACGUUCUUGUCCCAAGCCGUGUCCGCCAAAACCUAGAUGUCCAGCGCGCAGGCGUAAGCCAUGUUGCCGACCAAAAUGUCCCAAGCCGAAGCCCAAAUGCUGCAAGCCGGUAUGCCCCAAGCCCUGUAGGAAAUAUAAAUGCCAAAAGCCGGGUCCCGUCACAAACAACGGAUACUUGAACUUUCUGCGCGUCUAUCGACGCAAACAUUGCGGCCUCAGUCCCAAAGAACUGGUCAUGAAAGCAGCACGCGCCUGGUGUCGUUUACCUGAGUGCAAGAAGGAUCGCUACAGACGGCAGGCCUGCAAGGUAACAACAAACUGCCGUCACAAGCGACGCCGUGUCUGCACCCAAUGAGGAUCAUAACACCCAAAUCCUUCCCAUUCGCGAAAAAUGUGAAUAUGCAUGCGAUUCUGCACUCAGCUACGUACCAUCUUUUAAAUGUGCUGCGUGUCCUAGUCCAAAUCUGCGUUCCCGAUCUCAUUUGAAAAUGUUUUAAAUUAUAUGUCUGCUCUAUUUUUAUUUUACUAAAUCCUUAACGCAUUUUAAAAGAAA